AUUGAAUAAAACGCCAUUUUGGGAGACACACACGCUGCUCUCCGUCGUCAAUGUUUUACUUGCAUUCUCACGACAUAAGCAGUCUAUACGGAAGAUUAUGGGCCAGAUGCAGACCAACGGUGAAGAUCGAAAUGCGUCACAAGACUUUAUUGUUCAUUGACGCAUAUAUAAGUAUUUGACUAUUUUGGUUUUGUUACAAAGUUCUUCAUGGUUUGAGCCGCAGGAAUCUGCAACCAUGAAACUGCUCUUUGCGAUUAGCGUAAUGCUUUUAACAAGUGUGGUGAAGAGCAAGCUUGAGGAGUGCAAGCGGCCUCCAGUGUGGAAGAUUGGUGAGGUAAAUCCAUUGGCUGAAGCACAGAAAGAUGGGAAGUUAGUUUUGGUAGCUUUGUUGAAAGCAAGCUGACCUUACUGUCAAAGUCAAGCUGUUAAGCUAACUGCAAUUGCUAAACAGCUUCGACUCAGAAAAAAAAUUGACAUUACAAUCAUAAUCGUCAAUUUAAAAGGUGACAAAAACAUGGAGCUUUUGAAAAAUCUGAUGAAAAAAACAGACAAGGAACAUUCCAUACAAUUUUACCAGGAUACAGAAAAACUAGGGAUCUGGGAUCUAAUGAAAGGUAAAAAGGAUACAUUUUACAUUAUCGAUCGUUGUGGCUACCUACACAAGCAGUUAGAUCAUCCGCAAAGUGCUUUAAGAAAAAGGAAAGAAAGGAAGAAUCCCACGGUCCACCAUCUUGCAAUGGUCUAUCGUCUCAAAACGUGUGAGCCAUGCGCCGAGAUGGAUCACAGUAAGAAAAAACACACAAAAAAGGAAAAAGACAAUCACGAUGGUCAUAACCACAAAGAGGGAGAGUAUCAUGAUCACGACGGACACAAUCACAAGGAGGGAGAGCAUCAUGAUCACGACGGACACAACCACAAGGAGGGAGAGCAUCAUGAUCACGACGGACACAACCACAAGGAGGGAGAGAAUCACAAGCAUGAUGGACAUAGUCACUAGCAGAAAGAUUAAACUUAAGGGAUGCUAGGACGCAAACAUAUUUUCGACAUUGGAUUUUUUUAUUUUUUUUAUUUAACGUUCUUCUGAAGUAUGCGUUGCGUUUUAUCUUGUCAAUUUGUCUAAACAUAGUCACAAGAAAGAGCCUAUAAUCUAAAUAACGUCUCAACAAAAUGAAAAUGAAAUCUGGCCAAUAAACGAAAUAAAAUGAGAUUUUUUAUUCGGAUGUAGCUGCAACGGUUACUACUUCCUUAGAUCUUGCAUUUGCUUUAUAAGAGACACAUGGGUAACUUUGCUGUUACUAAAAAGCUGAUUAUAUAUAUAUAUAUAUAUAUAUAUAUAUAUUGAAAAUUGCGUGCUUAAUUUAGUCACUUUUUUGCAAAAGUUUUUUGUUUAAACAAUGAUGACUAUAAAAUAAAUUGUAAAAUUUUGUAGUUUGAUGACUUAUUUUAAACGUUUAAAACAUUAUCUGCAAAGAAAAAAGUAAAAUAUAUGUGCAUA